GCAUUCUUCAGGAACAGACAGGGUCAAAGUUUAAACUACAGAGCUAAAGAACGACCAGAGUGAAGAUGAAGGACCCACUGAGCAGCUGUACUUAUAAUCUGCUGUAUCAGGAUCUGAAGAGAAUCUCUAAGAAUGGCGAGUUUUUCUGCAAAGAGCUCUUGGCCGUCUUUCAGCAAAGAUCUGAACUGGAGAUCAACUAUUCGAAAGGACUUCAGAAGAUCGCAGGGAAACUCCUUAAAGUCUCGAAAGAGAUGUGUGACAACUCCACGUAUCGUGCAUGGUCCUUCAUAUCAGAUGAAAUGUACGCCUCAGCAGAUGCCCACCGCAUACUGGGAAAUGCUCUCAACCAAGAUGCUAUUCAGGAAAUCCGUCAAAUCCUAGAUGAACACGGGAAAAGAAAAAGACCGCUUGACAAUGCCGUUGAAAAGUCUGGAAAGCUUGUUCUUACAAACUUGAAUGAACAAAUUAAGCUAAAAAAGAAGCUGAUUGGGUUGACAAGAGAACAUGAAGCUCUCUUCAGCUUUGUGGAGAAAAAUAAACAAAUCUCUACAGAGAAGGAAAAACAGAAGAUGUUGAACAGAUUGACUAAAUCAGCAGAACUUCAGGCCAGAGUCGAUGAGGAAUAUUUUAACACCAACAUGGAGGGUCACCACAUCCGACUGAAGCUGGAGAACACACUGAAAACCUGCUACCAGAUCAUUCAGGAGCUUGAAAAGCAAAGAAUAGAGACUCUGUCCAACACCCUAAACAAGUACAGCCUCUUCAUGACAGUAUACGCACAGACCGUCAUUCACAGUCACAAACAGAUUGAGCAGGCCGUACGCAAAGUUGACGUGGAGAAGGACAUUCAGUCGCUGGUCGAGGACGUCAGUGCUACGGCGGAUGACAACAAAGCUGAAUUUCUCAUGGCUGACUACUUUGAGGAAGAAGGAAAAACAGUCAUGGGGAAAGACAGAAGGAAAGAUGCCAUCAGGACCAAACUUCAGCGUCUGGAGGACUGCAUCACCAAAGCAAAGAGCGACAGAGAAGGUUUAGAGAAAAUGGUGAAAGUAUAUAGAGAACAACCAAACUUCUCCAAUCAAAAAAACUUGGAGGAAACAGAACAGUCACUGGAUGAGGCCAUCCUCAAACUGGACCUUUUGGAAGCGACGCAUUGCAAACUGACUCAGAGUCUCGCCGAGAUCGAGGGCAAGCCCAAAUCAAGACAUCGAUUCAGUGACAGCAUCACUAAAUGGAAAGAAAAGGACUGUGAGCACAGCGUUGUGCAGCUUUCUCGACCGGUGAGAAUCAAAAAGACUCCGUUCAGAUCUCGUCAGUCCAUGAGGAGCUCCGUGAUCAAUAAGAGUGCCCUGACCAAUCAAAGCCCUGAUCCGACAAGCGAAGAGCCCUCGACUGAGACGACCGAUGUCAUGCAUUACAACACAGACGAGCAACAGAGCGGCCCGGUCAAUGGAAGCGUGUCUGAAUCUGAAGAGGAUAAAGGCUCAGAAUUGUGCUCAGUCGGAAGAUGCAAGGCUUUAUACAGCUUUACGUCAGAAAGAGAGGAUGAGUUAAACAUUAAUGAAGGAGAUGUACUGGAUAUCUUUCAGAAGGACGACACGGGCUGGUGGUUCGGAGAGCUGAACGGACAGAGAGGACAUUUCCCAUCCACGUAUGUGGAAGAACUGCCUGUUUUCACUGAGAUGAAGUCAUCUGAAGCUUAACUUUAAAAGAGCAUGUGAUGGAAAAGGUCACUGAAUCAUGAUUCACUCGUGCUGUAGGGUUAAACACACUUGAUGUGAUUACUGGAAAAAGACUUCAAAUGAAAGAAAUUAAUUGGAUCGUUUCUCAGAUUCAUUGACUCUAAAGAACAAUUCACUCACAAAUCAUGCAUUAGUGUGACUUGAGUAGUUUUACAGUAGAUGAGUAAUAUCUAGCCGAUUAAAUGUUUUAAAGCGGAGAAUAAAUGUAUUUGCUAUGAAAAUUUCCAUAGUGUCUGGAAAAGAUCAUUUUACAAUUUCACGUUUUCUGAUUUUUAUUUAUUUUUUUCACGAAAGGAAGCCGAUAAAUAAAAUCCAUUGUUCUAACUCCAUUGUGAAAAAGAAAUUUACAUGCAAUGCACAAAAAUUUCAAUGCACUUUAAGACUUUCGUUUUGUUUAUUUUAUGACCUGUAUAAAUGUUUAUUGCUAAAAUUACAAAUCAGUGAAUGUACAAAGAACAUGAAAAAACGAAGAUGAAAUUUAUUAUUAAGUAAAACAUUAAGUAAUUACUGAUGGUUUAGGUAAAUAAAAGCUCAAUACAUGUGCUAAAUGUCUAUAAAAACGGUGUCUGGGUCUCUGACCGUCUUAAGUGGAUCUGAAAUAAAAAAAAA